AGGCGCUCUCGCUCUCGCGAAAAGAAGCGUGAGCGUUCUCGAUCGCGUGAUAGGAAGAAGGAAAAGGAGAAGAAAGAGAAAAAACGAAGCAGAAGUCGUGAUAGGAAAAAGGACAAGGAAGGUAAGAGCGAACGUAGUUCAGAUCGAAGGAAGGAGAAAGAGAAAGACAAGAAGGAAAAAGAGAAACUCAAGGAGACGAAAGUCGAGGAUCUUGACGAAGAAGCAUUAAGAGAGCGUCUGCUUGAAAAAGCUGCCGUUCGGAGUGGAAAGGAAGGUUCUGAAAGCGAUCGAGACAGCGAAGUCGAUAAAGCCGGUGACAAGACGCCCAGUAAAAUAAAAAAUGAACGAAAGAGGCGACGCAGCGACAGUGAUUGA